GUUGGAACAUUAAUGAAACUCUCGGAACUGCAGCCUUGCCACACGGUAUGGACCAGCUUCAAAGCAAAAGACUAACGUCAGAUUAUCAGUUCCCAAAACUGUAACGCACCUUGAGAGUUCACGCUCUCUAUGUGUGUGUUUGCAUGAGCAAGAGGCUCAUUGCUGAAGAGGAUUUGAAAAGUUUAAGUAUGGGGUUUUCUAGUUCUUUCUUGAUCGGCUUUCUUCUUCUUGCUGCGGUGCUCAAUGUAACUAAUGGGCAGCCUCUGGUUCCUGCAUUGUUCAUAUUUGGGGACUCGGUUGUUGAUGUGGGCAAUAAUAACCGUUUAUUAACUGUUAUUAAAGCAAACUUCCCUCCUUAUGGAAGAGACUUUGAGAAUCACAAUCCAACAGGAAGGUUCUGCAAUGGAAAGCUAGCCACAGACUUCACUGCUGAAACCCUUGGAUUUACCUCCUAUCCACCUGCUUACCUCAACUUGAAGUCCAAAGGAAAGAACCUCUUGAAUGGUGCCAACUUUGCCUCAGCUGGUUCUGGUUACCUUGAAUCUACAGCCAAACUAUAUAAUGCAAUUCCAUUGAGCCAGCAGCUAGAAAACUACAAGGAGUGCCAGAAGAAAUUGAUGGUUGUAGCAGGGAAAUCAAGUGCUUCAUCAAUUAUAUCUGGUGCUAUAUAUCUUGUUAGUGCAGGGAACAGUGAUUUUGUUCAGAACUAUUACAUAAAUCCUCUGCUUAACAAGCUUUAUACAACUGAUCAAUUCUCAGACAUGAUCAUGCGAUACUAUUCCAGUUUCAUCCAGAAUUUAUAUGCACUGGGAGCAAGGAAGAUUGGUGUGACAACAUUACCUCCAAUAGGUUGCCUACCUGCAUCCAUCACUCUCUUUGGUCUUCUUAGAAAUGACUGUGUGGCCAAUCUAAAUAGUGAUGCUAUUAACUUCAAUGAAAAGCUCAAUACCACAUCUCUGAACUUGCAAAACAUGCUUCCUGGCCUCAAUUUGGUCAUCUUUGAUAUCUACCAACCUCUAUAUAACCUAGUCACCAAACCUUCUGAAAAUGGAUUUUUUGAAGCAAGGAAGGCUUGUUGUGGAACUGGUUUGAUAGAGACAUCUAUAUUGUGCAAUAAUAAGUCCAUAGGAACUUGUGCUAAUGCGUCUGAAUAUGUGUUUUGGGAUGGUUUUCAUCCCUCAGAAGCUGCAAACAAGGUUUUGGCAGAUGAUUUGAUUGCUGCUGGCAUCUCUCUUAUAUCCUAA